AUGAGUGGCAACAAUAAUUUUUUGAAAGAUUAUUUGUACGGAUGCGAUGAUGACAAUGAUAUGAUUCAAAUUCUAGCCUUCAAACGUGAAAGAGAAAAACUCGAGGCACAAGGUGAAAACUCCCGACAAUCACGAACAUCUAUUGAUCGUGACACUUUGCAAGGGCAUCAACGCUUAUUCAAUGAUUAUUUUGCUACACCGCCAGUUUUUCCAGAUCAAAUAUUUCGUAGGAGAUUCCGAAUGAGACGUGAGUUAUUCAUGCGGAUUCACUCGGCAGUGGAAGUACAUGAUCCAUACUUUCAACAAAAAAGAAAUGCUGCUGGAAAAUUAGGUUUGUCAUCUCUUCAAAAAACAACUGUGACAUGCGGAUAUUGGAAAAAAAGGAAACGAACAGAAAUUUCAAAAGCAAAAUCCGCGAUCUAG